GCCGACAUGGACUAUAUCCGAGAGUUCGACAUCCGGCUGGAGAAGGAGAUGUACUACGCCGGGGAGACUCUGGCUGGCCAGGUGAUCCUCGACACCGUCGAGAACUUCAAGCUCAGAGCCAUCAGAGUGGUACUCCGGGGCAAGGCGCACGCCGAGUGGAAGGUGGUGGUCAGCGGAGACAAGCGCACGGUCAAGGACGACCAGUACUUCAUCGACGAACGCUCCACUAUCUGGGGGAAAGAUAAGCCGGAGGGGAACGUGCCGAUCCUGCCACGCGGCUUCCACACGUUUCCGUUCCGGUUCCAGCUGCCGGAGAGCUCGCUCCCCUGCUCGUUCGAGAGCAAGGCCAGUACCAUCCGAUAUUACAUCAAGGUAACGAUAGAUAUUCCAUACGCGUCACCGCCUCAAGGGAUGAAGUACUUCACCAUCAUCGGCCCACACAUCGACUGCAUGGACGAACAGUAUCUGAAACCGAUGGUGGGCCAGGACAAGCGGACGAGCUGCUGCUUCUGUUGCAAGCGCGGUCCGGUCUCGCUGCGCACCCAGCUGGAGCGGUCGGCCUAUGUGUGCGGCGAGAGCAUCAAGAUGAAGGCCGACAUCGACAACCAGGGCGAGGAGCCGGUCCGGCUGAAGAUCCGACUGGUGCAGUACGUGGAGUACUUCAUCGACCGCGGGGUGCUGGGCGUCACCAAGGACAUCCAGAACACGGCGCUCGAGUACCUGGGCGACUCGGUGCCGGCGCUGACGCGCUCCAAGUUUGACUCGGCGAGCAGCCUGGUGGUGCCCGUCAUGCCGCCGACCUUGGUGGGCGUCUGCCGACUGAUGCAGAUCUACUACGUCCUCAAGGUGAACCUCGAGCUGGAGCGGUCGGGAGAUGAUCUUCACAUGCACUUCCCGAUCACAGUCGCCACCGUGCCGUUUCGGAUUCCAAACUCCAAUCAGCAGCCGAGCAUACACUACGAGGUGGGCUGUGACCACGUGGAAGGCGGCGCGUACAUCGGGCCCGAGUUCCAGCUGGGCCAGGUGUACGACGGCUCGGUGGACAUGAGCGACGCUGUCGUCCUGUACCGGCCCGUGUACGUGUGCGUGAAGCCACAGCACAGACAAAACGGCGCCGGACAGCGGCCGCCACAUCGCACGACAUCUGGCGGCAGUCACGCGCAGACUAGGUAUUAGAUGCCGCCGCCAGGAGCGCUGGCCGCGGUCUCAAUCAAAGCGGGCGGACGGCGGGCUCGGCAGACUGCUGCGUGUCCCGGGACGCCAUGUCACUGUGUUGUGUGUUCAUCGUACGGGGGAGGGGGAGGGGAGGUCGUUGGCUGUUCGCAGAUAGUCAUAGGGGACUUUGGGACCCUCCGACUGGGGGUAAACGCUGCUAGGUAGCUGAGGCCGCCGGGUCAUGGGCAGAAAACAUUUUUGAUACGAGUUCAUGUCUGUAUGCUACCAUAUACACAUUGACAUACACAUGAUGUAUACUGUAUUGCAAAAAGGCAGCACAAAUGUAUUUAUCUAGCGUUGUUAACGUAGAGUUGCCAAUUGUUAUAACCAGCUUCAAACAGACGUACUCACAUAAGUUCAUUCCUAGCGAAUAGUUCAGUGUCGCGUCAUCAUGUUGUCACCGUGAGUGACCCUGUCCCCGGCACGUCUUGGUGCUGCUUCUUGCCUCGAUCGAUCUUCGAAAGGGCCACCAAAGAGCGGGAACACCAAUCGGUGUCGGCGGCUGUGGGCGACGCAAGCAGGGAGCGCGGAAGAUGCCGCAGAGAGCGUUUGGCCUCCCAGCAAGCUACUGUACAUUUCACGGGAAGGUGGCCACGGACUGUGCGCGCCCUCUCUCCAGUCACCAGCUCCCGGGUGGCCCCCAUCAGCUUCUGAUCUUGCCAACAUUCAGCUUGGUUAUUCCGAUUUCGUUCUGGUGUCAUCAGCGUGGACUUCGGAGGCACCGCAUUUGGGCGCCUGCUGUAAGGGGGCGGCGAUCCGCAACAUCAGUCACUCCUGUUUUUGCUUGACCACGAUGACUUGGAAAAUUAAGCUACAGGUAUUGUAAUGUGCGACGUGCGCAAGGUGCCGAUGCCGAUGGCAACAUCUCGUCAUUUUCUUUUGUCAACGGAUUACAUCAAUCGAAUGGAGAAGUUGGAACUAAAACCACCUCACAUGUGCGGCCUUUAAAGCGACCGCCUAAACUUGGCUCCACCACAUUUCUUUUAUUCGAGGAAAUUCGCGAUAUGCUCGACAUGUACUUCCAUAGCCGGAAACGUCGUUCCGCACUCUCCACACAAGGACACGGCUGAAACUGCCGACAAAACCGUAAAGCUACCCGGUCUCCGAUACCCGGCGAGGGCUCCCUGCGCCGGCGACACUGGCAGAUCUUCCCACCGCGCCGGCCGCUGGGCCGCCCCUCCCACGCGUCCCGUAGACCUGGCGGUGGCGUUCCCCUGGUGCGGCCGGUCAGUGACAUCCCACCUGGUUGACCCCCUCCCUGAGGAUGGCUGAUGGCUGUGCCGGGCAGUCGGUUCGCCCGCUGCGGGCUCGGCUGCACGUCACCAAAAUCCUGGCGCCAGUGCGUUCCAUAAAUUUUUGUACGCGAGCGGGCUUGACGCCGGCGGAUGGGGUGUGCACAUUCCGCGGUUUUUAGCGGGCAUGCUGGCGGAAAUUUUGUAUGCAUUGUCGAGACAUGGACCACAUAAUCAAAACGAUGUCGUCGGAGUGGGGCGUGCUCGAUGUGAGGUGCACCUGUUUAGUUCCUGUUGUCGAUGUUGUCGCUCGUCGCUCGUUGCGUGGCGGUGUUGGCCCCACAGACUGGCGCGCUCAGUCUGGCGGAGAUCGCGG